AUGGCCCUAACCACGCAGAAAAGCCCUCGCAACCCGGACGACUUCCCCACCACACAGCUCUUUCUCCUGGCCAUUGUCCGUCUGGCAGAGCCCAUCGCCCUCACAUCCAUCUUUCCCUAUGCCUGGGCGCUCGUCAAGAGAUUCGAAAUCGGCAACGCUGAAGAUGCCUCGUUCUACGCCGGCCUCCUCAUCUCCUCCUUCUCCCUCGCGGAGGCCCUGAUGGGCAUGUACUGGGGCGGUCUCUCUGACCGCGUCGGAAGGAAACCCGUACUGCUCCUGGGCUGCAUCGGCACCAUGUUCAGCAUGGUUAUGGUCGGCUUCGCCUCCAAUAUCUGGAUCGCCCUCGUCGGCAGAGCCAUCGGCGGUCUCCUCAACGGCAACAUCGGUGUCAUCCAGACCAUGGUUGGUGAAUUGGUGACCAAGCCUGAGCAUGAGCGUAAGAAUUUCCCUUCCUCGCUCUCCAUCAUGUCUCAUGCUAAUUUCGUAGCCCGUGCUUUCUCCGUCAUGCCCUUCGUGUGGUCCAUUGGCACCAUCAUUGGCCCCUUCAUUGGCGGCACCUUUGCCGACCCCCACGAUGCGUUCCCCGCGUUGUUCCCCGCCGAUGGCUUGUUCUACCGCUACCCGUACCUUCUGCCCAACCUCGUUUGCGCUGCUCUCCUGCUUGUCAGCAUCAUUCUGGGCUACUUCCUGCUGGAGGAAACCCACCCUGACAUGCAGCCCCGUGUCUUCCUCCCGGAUGACACCUACGCCUCCGAGGAGACUCCCUUGCUGGAGACGUCGGAUGCCAUGAAGAGACCCGCCGUUGACCUGAGAGAUGACAACUACGGAACGGUCCGCGGCCGCAGCCAGAGGGCUUCCGAGAAGAAGGCGGAUCAGCCAUACAACAUCUACACCAAGCCCAUCGUGUCCUUGAUCCUCGCCCUUUGCAUCUUCACCUACCACUCGAUGACCUACGACCACCUCCUGCCCAUCUUCUUCGAGGAUGACCGCGCCAUCGCCAACCCGAUGUCCAUUCUCACCUCCCCGACGAGCCCCUUCUACACGCCUGGUGGUCUUGGUCUCUCGCUCCGUGCUGUGGGCAUGAUCAUGGCCGUCAACGGUGUCAUUGCGCUGUUUGUUCAGGCCGUCAUUUUCCCAUUCGCCGCCGAGAGACUGGGUGUCUACCGCCUGUUCAUCAUUGUCACCGUGUUGCACCCGGUCGCCUACGUCAUGGUCCCGAGCCUGCUCUUCCUCCCCGAGUCAUUGUUGUACGCCGGCAUCUACUUCUGCUUAGCCGUCCGCAACGUCCUGUCGAUCAUCCUCUACCCGCUGCUCUUGAUCUUGAUCAAGGAGGCUACUCCCACUCCCAAGGCUCUCGGCAAGGUCAAUGGCUUGGCCGCUAGCGCCGCUGCUGGAUUCCGCAUGAUUGCCCCUCCCGUCGCCGGCUGGCUGUACACUUAUGGAAGCAGGGUCGACUGCACCGCGCUGGCAUGGUACGGCAGUGCCGUCGUCGCCAUCAUCGGUGCUGUCCAGUGCUUCUCCGUGAAGCGUGAGCGCAAGUAUGAGGCGAGCGAGGAGGACGCUCAGCCCUGCCUGCGCAAGAAGGAGUCCCGGGUCACUAUCACGGAGACGUUCUCAGACGAUGAGUAA